AGACAGCCUUAGAACUUUUGCCGUGGUCGGGAAGUUUUGGGGUCCCUGGAGCAGCCAUGGUGUCUAGAUAUUUGCUGCUUGUCCUGCUGGCCUUUUCUUGUAUCUCUCAGGUGAUGGUGGAAGCAAGUUCAUGGUGGUCACUGGCAAUGAACCCCGUCCAGCUCCCCGAAGUUUACAUUAUUGGGGCUCAGCCUCUUUGCAGCCAGUUAACGGGGCUCUCCCAGGGGCAGAAGAAGCUGUGUUUGCUCUAUCAGGACCAUAUGCAAUAUAUUGGGGAGGGAGCAAAAACUGGGAUCAAAGAGUGCCAGUACCAGUUCAGGCACAGGAGGUGGAACUGCAGUACUGUGGAUAACACAUCGGUGUUUGGCAGAGUUAUGCAAAUAGGGAGCAGAGAAACUGCCUUCACGUAUGCCAUCAGUGCUGCUGGAGUUGUGAAUGCAAUAAGCCGAGCUUGUAGAGAGGGGGAGCUCUCAACCUGUGGCUGCAGUCGGGCAGCCAGGCCUAAGGAUCUGCCCCGGGAUUGGCUGUGGGGUGGCUGUGGAGAUAAUCUAGAUUAUGGCUACAGGUUUGCCAAGGAGUUUGUGGAUGCCAGGGAAAGAGAAAAAGUCCAUCAAAAAGGAACGUAUGAGAGCUCCAGGACUCUGAUGAACCUGCACAACAAUGAAGCUGGAAGGAGGGCUGUAAGUACAUUGGCGGAUGUUGCCUGCAAAUGCCAUGGGGUAUCUGGUUCUUGCAGCCUGAAGACAUGUUGGCUGCAACUUGCUGACUUCCGGAAGGUGGGAGACCUUUUAAAGGAGAAAUAUGACAGUGCUGCAGCAAUGAAACUCAACAGCAGAGGAAAACUUGUGCAGGUGAACAACAAAUUUAAUUCCCCCACCACGAACGACCUGGUGUACAUUGACCCAAGUCCGGAUUAUUGUGUUCGCAAUGAAAGCACUGGUUCUUUAGGUACCCAGGGAAGGCUAUGCAAUAAAACAUCGGAGGGCAUGGAUGGCUGUGAACUUAUGUGCUGCGGUAGAGGCUACGAUCAGUUCAAAACUGUUCAGACUGAGAGGUGCCACUGCAAGUUUCACUGGUGCUGUUACGUCAAAUGCAAGAAAUGUACCGAGAUCGUUGACCAGUUUGUAUGCAAGUAA